UCCGCUUCGCGCUCGCACUCAUGACCAGUGUCAACUUCCUAAUUUAAAAAUGGGUGAAGUGGCUAUAACAAGUGCCAGCUUUCUUGUGAUGCGCCUGUUAGCUGAGAAACUAGAUUCAGGAAGACAUAACGAAUACCCAAGAAAACGCAGGUCGUGGAUGACCACAGUAUUCAGAAGUAGAAAGAGAUAUAGUGGGAGUGAUUAGAUGCCGGACUUGGAUGUUGAAAACAUACAUAUCAAGAACAUUUUGGCUGUAGUUGAUUUUAAAUUUUUGAUAAAUAUGGUUGGGCCAAAGAUAGCAACAGCUGACAGCAAAUUUCGGAAAACUAUGCUAGUUACUGAGCGGUUGGUACUUACACAAAGAUAUCCAGCAACUGGCGAUUCCUAUUCCAGCCUCAGCUUUUUAUUUAAAGUCUCCAAGUAAAGAGUAUCAAACAUUGCUCCUGAAGUAUGUGCAGUUCUUUUCGGCAGCCUGAAGGAGGUUGUAAAGACACAACAACAGUGGUUGCUUGUAGCACAGGAAAAUUACCUUGGUGCCAGGGAGGCAAACAUUGUGCAGUCCGAAGUCCAGCUAAGUCUGGAAGUAAUUUCUUCAAUCAUAAGACGUUUUUCAGUACUGUUAGUUUUGGUCUAGUGAGUGCCAAUUACUGUUUUUUGUAUACUGAUGUGGACUGCCAAGGUCGAAUUUCAGAUCGUGGAGUUUUUCGAAGUAUAUCAUUUUCUUAUGAAUAUGAGGCCUCAAUGAUCAUACCUUCCCAGAUAAACAGAAAAAAGUGCCCUAUGUUAUUGUUGGAAAUUACGCAUUUCACCUCAACAAUCAUCAUGAAGCCAUUUUGUGGAGAACAACCUCGGAGCUCAAUGAAAAGAAUUUUUAACUGCAGACUUUCAAGAGCAUGGCGUAUUUUUAAAAAUGCGUUCAGAAUAGUUUCUUCCAUAUUCUGCCUAUUGUAUAUACCUCCAUAAUUUUUUGCAAAAAAGUUAUGCUUCCAGGCAGAUUCAUACUGUUGUAGGAGCAGUGGAUCAUGAGGAGAAUGAAUACUUAA